GCGCUGCUCGUUUUGUCUGUUGUGACGAGCGGGGUUAGAGUUGAAUGUUUGACAGGGAGAGCCAUGGAUGCCAUAUUUCACGAGAAACAAGAGGGCUCUCUCUGUGCUCAGCACUGCCUCAACAACUUGCUGCAGGGUGAGUACUUCACCCCCGUGGAUCUCUCCUCCAUUGCACAUCAGCUGGACGAAGAGGAGAGGAUGAGGAUGGCGGAGGGAGGAAUGGGUAGCGAUGAGUACAGGACCUUUUUACAGCAACCAUCUGGUAACAUGGAUGACAGUGGGUUCUUUUCAAUACAAGUUAUUAGCAAUGCUCUUAGAGUUUUGGGACUGGACCUUAUCCUCUUCAACAGCCGGGAAUACCAGAGCCUGAUGAUAAAUCCCAUAAAUGAAAAAGCCUUUAUAUGCAAUUACAAGGAGCACUGGUUUACCAUUCGAAAGCUUGGACAACAGUGGUUUAACUUGAAUUCACUUUUGACUGGACCAGAGUUGAUCUCGGACACAUAUUUAGCCCUUUUUCUUGCACAGCUGCAGCAAGAAGGUUAUUCCAUAUUUGUGGUCCGAGGGAAUCUCCCAGAAUGUGAGGCAGAGCAGAUUCUUGGGAUCAUGAGAGUGCAACAACAGCAACGGCCAAAACUUAUUGGCGAGGCCCAAGCUCAGAUGAGCGCACGCGGGUCGGCAACACUGGGCCAGACGGACAUGAACUUUGGUGUGGAGAGUGAAGUUGUGGAUGACGAUGAGGAGUUAAGGACAGCUCUCGCACUCAGCAGACAAAACAUUGACGUAGAAGAUGAGGAAGCGGAUCUCCGUAGAGCCAUUCAGCUCAGCAUGCAAGGGGCUACUUCAGAUUCUGGUGGUGGACAUGUGAGAGUGGACAGCAGGCCUGCAGAAGAACUACGAGUCCACAAUGAGACACUCACAGCUGAUGAGCUGAGGAUGAGGCGGCAGGCCUACUUUGACCAGUGGCAGCAAAGACAACAACGUCCCAACACCACUCAGAAUAAAGAGCAAAAGCCCAAAAAACAACAGAAUAACUGGAGCAAAGCUGCCCUUUCUGGUUCUGAAGGGAAAAACGUUAAUAUGAGUCUAUGGAAAGACCUGUUCGUACCACCUCUUGUACUGAAGGCCCUCAGCAGCCUUGGUUUCGCAUCACCGACCCCAAUUCAAGCCCUGGUGCUCCCUCCAGCCAUCCGAGAUCGUUUGGAUAUUUUAGGAGCGGCCGAGACGGGAAGUGGUAAAACAUUAGCAUUUGGCAUUCCCAUGAUCCAUAACAUCCUGAAGUGGAAGGAACAUGUUGAAAAUGACAAGGACGAUGGCGUGGAUCCAGACAAGGCACAUGGGAGUUUGACAGAGUGCCCUGAAGCUGAUCCUGAGGAGCGGGGCGAGGAAGAAGGAAGUAUCAGCGGGAAGGCUGACGAGGAAGAAGGAAGUAUCAGCGGGCAGGGUGACAAAGGAGAAUCUGCGGAAGAUGACAAUGAGGACAACCGUGAUUCUGACGAUGGCGAUCAAGGUCAGGAUGGAAAGCUUGGUUGCGCGAAGGUCAUCGACGAUGUUGAGUUUGACGCCGACACCAAUGCGGGGAAGAAGAACCAGGCUCGACCUCUGCUGGGAUUGGUCCUCACCCCCACCAGGGAGUUGGCAGUCCAAGUCAAACACCACAUAGACGCUGUGGCCAAGUUUACUGGCAUCAAGACAGCCAUCAUAGUGGGUGGGAUGGCGCAACAGAAGCAGAGGAGGCUGUUGAAUCACAGGCCAGAAAUUAUCAUCGCCACUCCUGGACGUCUGUGGGACUUGAUCAAAGAGAGGCAUCCACACCUUCUCAACCUCAAACAGCUCAAGAGCUUAGUGAUCGACGAAGCCGACCGCAUGGUAGAACGAGGCCACUUCGCCGAGCUGGAUUCUCUCCUGGAGAUGCUGAACACCACUCAACUCAAUCCUAAGAGGCAAAACUUUGUGUUUUCCGCCACGCUGACCAUGAUCCACAACCUACCAAUGCGUGUGCUGCAGAAGAAGAAGAAGGAGCAGCUGACCGACAAGGUGGCGCUCCUCAUGGCCAAAGUAGGGAUCAAUUCCAAGCCCAAAGUCGUCGACCUGACCAGGAAGCAGGCCACUGCGGAGACCUUGACCGAGACGCAGAUUCACUGCCAGAAAGAGGACAAGGACUUUUUCCUCUACUAUUUCCUGCUGCAGUAUCCCGGACGCACCAUGGUGUUUGCCAACAGCAUCGAAUGUAUCAAGCGACUCAACUCGCUGCUGAAUAUUCUGGACUGCACGCCACUGCCGAUGCACGCCAACAUGCAUCAGAAGCAGCGGCUGAAAAACCUGGAGAGGUUUGCUGAGAAGGAGAGUUGUGUGUUGCUGACGACUGACGUAGCAGCAAGAGGACUGGAUAUCCCCAAUGUGCAGCAUGUCAUUCACUACCAGGUUCCUCGCACAUCUGAAACAUACGUCCAUCGCAGUGGCCGGACAGCCAGAGCUACAAACGAGGGUCUAAGUUUGCUUCUCAUCGGCCCUGACGACGUGAUGAACUUCAAAAAGAUUUACAAGAACCUUGAAAAGGAUGAGGAGCUGCCCAGGUUUCCUGUAGAGCUCCACUUUAUGGAGGCAAUCAAGGAACGUGUCAACCUGGCCAGAAAGAUCGAAAAGGUUGAGUUCCACAACAGCAGGCAAAAACAUCACAACUCCUGGUUCAAGCAAGCAGCAGAAGCUAUGGAGAUCGAUCUUGACGAAGAUCUCUUGCUAGGCAACGGGAGGGAUGAGGAUGAUCGGGGGCAACAGAAGAUGGUGAAAGGGAUGAAGAAACACUUGAAGCAGCUUCUCUCUCAGCCUGUGUUCAAGAAUUUGACAAAGACCAAGUACCCCACUCAGAUGGGACGCCUGUCCCUGGCUAAUCUGCCCGUCAGAGGGGAGCAAAGUGCCCUCAUGAGUGUGUUGGCACAGAAGAAUGAAAAAACUGGUCCGCCGCAGCACCAAAAAAGAAAGGAGAAAAAACGCCAGCAUUGAAUGCAAUUUCUACAUAUUGGAAUUGGACAGCAAUCACAUACAUUGCAGUUUUGCCUCAUUAAAAACAAUUAUUUUAAUGGCAAAUUAUAAUUAUUUCACUAAUUACACACAACUUGGAAUGCAAAAGAAAUAAAUUGACUCACAUUAAUAAAACUGAGGGUAUAUAAUAGACAUAAAAGCUGGUAUGAGAAG